AUGCCCCGAUUCGCGUCUUCAUGGCAAUGGCUCCAGCACAUGGGAACCAUUCACGGCGGCAACUGGCACCGGGAGGUAUAUGCACCGGCAUCUUGGGUUUGCCCUCUAUGUACCAAGGUGGAUGUUUCGUUUAGUAGCCCUGAGGAUCUCUCAGCGCACUUGGAAGGCUGCCACACAGGCAUUUUUGAAGACCAGCAACUGAAGGCCAUUGUUCGUCAGAGUCUAUUCCGAGCUCCACGGCCACAAGAGACGUGCCCCCUCUGUUGCUUCUCAAUUGGUGAUGGGCAAGCUCCUCAAGCAAACCAGGAAAGCACCCCCUCAAGCAAUCAACAUAUGGAUCAUAACGCGGCUAGGCCCGACGACAGUCACUUCAAAAGAUUAAAGACAGAUACGGGUUACACUGAGAGGGACGAUCAUACCAACGCCAAUGUUGAUGAGAGGAAUAUGUCGAUCGAGAAUCCGGAAACCAGGGAUAACACAGUCUCGAAGAACCGGAUCGAGACCAGAUUUAUAGGAAGUCAUGUGGCUGCUCAUCUUCAGAUCAUCAUGCUUCUUACCCUGCGCUUGAUAUCUAUAGACGGCACAGCGGAAGAACAACCCGGAAGCCAGUGUGGAUCAUCAGAGAUAGGCUCUCAAGCUUCCUGGUUCAGUUCAGAGCCGAGGGGUCUCGAUCAGGAGAUGUCUGAUAUAGACCGGAACUUGUCACCUCAGCCCUACGAAAAUGCUGAUAUUGACACCGGGGCCCAUUUAACAGAGAAUGUCCCAGAUUCAGAACCCAUCCACUGGGAUGAUGUUCUCGGAAGGCCUUCAAAUGCGCCUCAGGAUCAAAAUGUCACCGUGAGCGCCGUAGAGCCUUUAGCCCAGCCGCAAUCCUCGAUUGAGGACAAGGGCAAAACGCUGCAUGAUCUUUCUAUAUACUACAAUACCAUAAAAGAGCUUGUGGAUUCCGAGUAUUUGUUUGGAAAUGACAUGAAAGUACUUGAUGAUGUGUACAAAGGGACAUCGGGUUCCUGCGCUGUUAUUUCCGCAGAUGACAUCAGAAUUAUCUUUCGAAACUCAGAUGAAGUUACUCAACUCUCUCUGGACUUCCAAGUCCACCUUAGACAAGCUACAAAAGGCGUCUAUAUUAUGCCUCGAUCACAACACCGGUCAAAUCGCCAGUCAGAAAGAAGUCACACACCGUUCAUCAAUGACGAGCAUUCAGCCAGCCCAGCGGUAGUCUAUCUACAGGCCAAUGAUAUUCACUCUACAUCUGCCGGACAGGCUUUUAUGGCGCACAGCACUCGUAUGCAAGAGGUCUAUAUGAAAUAUUUGAUGAAGCACGACUUAGCUGAUAAAAGACUUCGGGAUCUUGAGAAGACUCCCAAAGUGGCUAUUUGGCUCCAGGAGUGCCUAAAAGGGGCGUCUGAUCUGACGACCGCAGGUGAUCUUCACACAUUACUAGCUAGGCCGAUUCACCGCAUGUUGAACUAUCCUCGAAUUUUCGAAACUCUCCUUUCUUUCACGCCAACUGAUCAUCCAGAUUGGCAAUCUCUUGAUGCUGCACUCAAAAAGGUCACCCACAUCAAUGUUACUGUGAAUGAAGCUAUGAAGCAACAGACCCUGAUACGGAAGUUUUCCAGAGAAAACCGAAGUAGACAGACUCGGAUUUUGAGGGCCCUGGAUUGGCGGAGCAGAAAAACAAGCACAAUCUCUGAUCCAGAUUCGGAUAAAGAAUAUGCCGCUCUUUCUCAGAGCUAUGAUGAUAAUAUGUUCCAGCUACAAGUCGUAAUACGAGACAUGGAGAAUUAUAUGUCUAAUUUUACACAGCAGAUCAAUAAUUUCAUGGAUGUUAUUGAUAGAUUUGAUGAACUUGUUCAAGUUAAUGCAUUUCCCAGCUCUUGGAGUGAACUGGAGGGCAAGUGGAGAGUACUGAAGACUAGUAUUCAAGAUAUCAAGUCGGCUGAGGGGUCGGCGCAUUUCAACGAUGUGUUAUGGACCCACUUGUUCAGCUCCUCAAGCUAUUACUCUACUUUCAUGGCUGCGAAAGAGCGCGGUGAGAGGUCAGGGAAGAAGACGACGGAAAACGCACAGAUAUUCAUAGCAUUGAACGAGACCCUCAAGAGUGAGCUUCCCAAGCUCUAUACUCUCACUGCGAGAUUAGCACACACAUGCCUACACAACUUGGUUCAAAUAGAAAAGGCCUGGUUCUACCUGGUGCAAAAGAAGCUCGGGCCGCUCAUUGAUAGCUUCUCAGACAAUACCCAAGAUAUUUUGGAUGACUGGGCCGCAGAUUUCCGUUUGGUAGAGACUCAAAUACUGAAACUUGGAAUUUGCAACGGUUCAUUGCUUGAAAACACCCUAUUCACCCACCGUCCCAGUACCUCAACCGGUAGUCAGCAACCACCACCGCCACCACAACCACCACCACAAAUUUUCGGUGAGAAUGACUCCAGCAUAAUAGACACUGAGCCUGAUGCGCCGCUGGAAUUAUCGGCUUGGAGGGAUUCAACAAGACCCGACCCAUCUAAGCGUCAAGAUCUAAAUCUGCCCCGGGCGGCGAGUCCUGUAGAGACCGAGCUGGCAGGUACUGGUCUAGCAGGUGCUCGCCCGAACGUUCUCUUUCUUGCUGCCAGCGUGUUUGAGUUUAAUAUCGAUUAUUUUAGAAAAGAGGCAGGAUACCCGUGGCUGACCUAUGCCGCGGGGGAGAUUUUUGAAAUAGUCGGCGAAAAAGGCGAACUUUGGCUUGCCAACAACUUAGAUGAUCCUACUCACAAUUUAGGUUGGAUAUGGAACAAGCACUUUGCCAAGUUACCACAGUGA